AUGGCUCGAGACAAGAAGCAGACAGCUCGCAAACACUCCGCAGGAAAGGCUCCCCCUAAGGUCCGAGACCCGGGAGAGCCGAAAAAGCCUGCGACGAGGUUCAGGCCGGGUAUCAUAGCUCUUCACGAGAUCCGGCGAUAUCAGAAGUCUACUGAACUGCUUAUCAAGAAACUCCCUUUUGAGAGAUUAGUACGCUCAAUCGGGAAGAACAUCAAAGGGGACAUCAGAUACCAGGUGGCUGCGAUAUCGGCACUUCAGGAGGCCGCGGAGGCCUAUCUGGUCGCACUUUUCGAAGACACCAAUUUGUGCGCGAUCCACGCCAGAAGGGUCACCAUUAUGCCAAAAGAUAUUCACAUAGCCCGGAGGAUUCGCGGUUGA